AAUGCUCCUUAUAUCUAUAUAUAUAGAGAGAUAGAGAUUAGGAUUGUUUCAUUGAUGAUUAGAAGGAGUAUUAUGGGUCAUAAGAAGAAAUUAGUCAUGAGUUUCAGAUAUACGUUGCUUGUCGGAUGUUUACUUGCAACGAUGACGGCAAUUACUUUGUUCGUGCCGAAUUCGGUUCCUUUUAAUGCAUUAAGUUUCAGAGUCAUGAUUCAUUCAGCAGAAAUGGAAAUAAUUUCUGAACUUGAGAACCAGGAAUUGAUGAAGCCACUUUGCAAUGUUUCGGAACCGAGAUCAGAGAUUUGUGAUAUGAAUGGUGAUAUCAGGAUUCAUGGUAACUCUUCAUCUGUUCUAUUCAUUAGAAAAGCAUUGAAAAGAAGAGAAUUAUAUAGAAUAAGACCGUAUGCUCGAAAAGGCGAUGAAGCUGCGAUGUCUUCUGUGAAACAAGUCACUGUAAGAUCAAGUGAAGCAGCUCCUCAAUGCGACAUCAAUCACAGUGUCCCCGGGAUCAUCUUUUCCGUCAACGGGUACACCGGAAACCUUUUCCAUGACUUCACCGAUGUGCUAAUUCCACUCUUUGUCACCGCAAGGGAAUUUGACAAAGAAGUUCAGUUUCUAGUCACUGAUUUCAAUCCAUGGUGGAUAAGAAAGUUUCAACUUGUGAUUAACCAGCUCAGUAAGUACAAUGUCAUAGACAUGGACAAAGAUAAAACAGUGCAUUGCUUCAAACAUGUAAUUGUUGGCUUGAAUUGUCACAAAGAACUCAGCAUUGAUCCUUCAAAAGUUCCGAAAGGAUAUUCAAUGGUUGAUUUCACAAGAUUCAUCAGAAACUCUUAUACACUCAACAGAGAAACACCGAUACGCAUCGGCGGUGAUGAACAGGGUAAGAAACCAAAACUAUUAAUUAUAGCGAGGAAGAGAACUAGAAUAUUUAUGAAUUUGAAUGAAAUAGUUCAAAUGGCAGAGGAGUUGAAUUACAAUGUUGUGAUCGGUGAAGCAAGUGCAACAUCGAACUUGACACAAUUUGCAGAGAUUGUUAAUUCUUGUGAUGUGUUGAUGGGUGUUCAUGGAGCAGGGUUAACAAAUUUAUUGUUUUUACCAACAAAUGCUGUCUUCAUUCAGAUAGUUCCAUGGGGAGGACUUCAAUGGUUAGCAAUGUAUGAUUUCGGAAAUCCGGCAAAGGACACGAAGUUGAAGUAUUUGCAGUAUGAGAUUAAUCCAGAAGAGAGCAGCUUAAUUGAUGAGUAUCCAAGAGAUCAUUUGAUUUUUAAGAAUCCAAUUUCAUUUCAUAAACAAGGAUGGAAUUCAAUUCAAGACACAUUCAUGAACAAACAGAACAUCAAGCUUGAUUUGAGAAGAUUCAGAGCUGUUUUAUUAGAAGCUCUGAAACAACUUCAUCAGUGAAAAGAAAAGUCCAAUGUUUACAAGAAUAUUUCUGUUGUAAAACAACAGUAAAAGAAAAAAAUAAUUAAGAUUUGUUUGUCUUUCUAA